GGCACCAAAACUUAUCACCCAAGGUGCUUUCUCGGUUUAUAUAGGCUCCAAUGACGCUCGCUCUCCAAAGUUGUUGACACUCUCCAUUCUUUUCCCCGCACGUGGUUUACACUUGUUUCUCUCUCUCCGUCUUCCUCUGUGUUGUCCUUUAUACCAACCACAACACGAAUCAGUCACCAUGAGCACUACCACAAAAUCCAACCCUCCAAGACCGCGCACUCUGCGCAGGUUGUCCAGCGAGGAUGCCACUGCAGAUCUCCUUUCUCGUGGCCCUGCCAUCGUCGUGCCUCCUCAUCUUGUGGAUCAGGAAGCCAACGAUAUUGCUGCUUCCAUGGAAUUGGCUAGACAAGAGAUUGAAGCCACCACUCCUCUCGAGGAGUCUGACACACCCAAGGAAUCAACAGUCACCGACAGAUAUGCCUACGCUUUCGACAUUGAUGGUGUCCUGAUCCGUGGAGGACGUCCUAUUCCUGAGGCUAUCGAGGCCAUGAAGGUGCUCAACGGCCAGAACCAAUACGGAAUCAAGAUUCCUUACAUCUUCCUGACCAACGGAGGUGGUAAGACUGAGCAGGAGAGAUGUAUUCAGCUCAGCAAGCAGCUUGACAUUGAAGUCUCACCUGGUCAGUUCAUUUGCGGUCACACACCCAUGAAGGAGAUGGCAGACAAGUACAACACCGUCCUCGUCAUCGGUGGUGAGGGUGACAAGUGCCGUCAGGUCGCCGAAGGCUACGGCUUCAAGGACGUCGUCACCCCUGGAGACAUCAUCAAGCACAACCCUGACACGACUCCUUUCCGUACCAUGACUGAGGAGGAUCUGAAGACCUCUCGUACCCGCGACUUCACCAACGUCAAGAUUGAGGCCAUUUUCGUCUUCGCUGACAGCCGUGACUGGGCUGGUGACCAGCAGAUCAUUCUCGAUCUUCUCAUGUCCAAGGGUGGUGUUCUCGGCACUCGUUCCGAGACUCUUGAGGAAGGUCCCCCAGUCUUCUUCUCGCACAACGAUGUCAUCUGGUCGGCUUCUCACGAACACACUCGUCUUGGUAUGGGAGCCCUUCGCGUUUCUCUCGAAGCUAUGUACAAGGCCGUGACUGGCAAAGAGUUGGAGACUGUCGCUUUCGGCAAGCCUCAAAUCGGCACUUUCCAGUUCGCCACUCGUCUUCUGCAACACUGGCGCAAGUCGACUCACGGUAUCAACGCUCCCCCAGACACCGUAUACUUCGUCGGUGACACUCCCGAAUCCGACAUUCGUGGCACCAACGAGUUCAACAAGGUUGCUGAACAGAACUGGUACUCGAUCCUGGUCGAGACUGGUGUUUACCAACACGGUACCACUCCUCGCUUCGAGCCCAAGGCCACUGUUCCCAACGUCUUGGACGCUGUCAUGCACGGUAUCGAGCGUGAGCGUCAGAAGCAGCUCCGCGAGAUCAUUGGUGUUACCCAAAAGCUCGAGGGUUCCGCCAUCUCCGACACUCCCAACCCAUCCCGUCCCUCGACUCCUCCUGCCAAAUAAGCAGCAACCUACUCUCAGCAUACCGCGAUCGUUUUUCCAAAUACCCUCAUCACGGCUUUAUUGACCUGGCGUUUUCCAAAUCACAUAGACUCAGCAUAAUGGCUCCUGUCGGCGCUGGCGCCCGACUUUUUGCUCAACCCUUCUCGGUACAUAUUCCUCCAUAUCUAUCUGCUUUGGAUACAAUCUGCGAAGAAGGGAGAAUUACAAAAUAAUACAAAAGAAUCACCAGUCUGGGUAUACCAGAUACAUAAAGCUAGAUAAACCAACAAACUUCCCAACGUCAUUUUGAGAUUCUGUCCGCUGUGUACGUUGCUUAAAAGGUGACUAUCCCAAGGUACUACUGCUGUUGUACUUAUUCUCCCAUGGUGCCCACUU